CAUCAGGAUAUUUUUUAAACAAAAUACUUCGUCGAUAUGCCGAAAAGACUCUACACCUACUGCUGCCGACUUUGUCUACACGAUGGAUCUGUGCAUGGUCUGUUUGAUAUCUUUUCGGUGGGAGGAUUGUGCCAGAAAAUACUCACCGUUUUCAAUAUAAAGGUCACCUCACAAGACGCAUGUACUACCAACAUUUGUUUGGCGUGUUUUAACGAGGCACUGAUUCUCGAGCAACAACUGCAAUUGUUUAACAAGCAGAAACAAACCGUACACAACAACCAGCAGCGGCUGGAAAAGAGUUCCGAUCCAGGAACGACAACAAGUGAAUUGUCGAACGAAAGUCAACGCCUUCCGGUUGGUGUAUCAACCAUUUCAUCGCAAGCGCCAAAAACUGCUUCAAAUGUAAACAUCCGGGAUGACGGUUCGAGGCGAUUAAAAUUCUCCCCAACACUAAUAGCUAAAACAGACUCGGAUGAAACAAACAAACGGAAGGAUACUUCCAAAACGGCAAACGAUAAGAAAAGGCACUCGCAUUCUUCAAGCACAAAAAAGCCGUGCAGCAAAGGGAAGACAUCUGAUGAAACGCUGAAAAGCCGUAGCAAAACUCCAGAAUCAUCUUCUGCUGCGGCUAAACGAGCGCGGUCUACUGUUGAGCCCGCAAAGACAACUGAUGGCAAUUUGCAAUCAUCCGGAUCUGUUUGCUCAAACGGACCACAUGCUGCUGAUGCUGCUAAACGACCGCUUCAGGCGUUAGUUGAGCCCGCAAAAACGACUAAUUUGCGAACUGAUCUGGGAGGAUCAGAUUGUUCAAAUGGACCAAAUUCUGUUGAUGGUAAGACGGCUUCAAACUCGGCGAAGGUUUCAGUUGCUGCAACAGGUGUAAACCCCUACCAAGCCUCAAACCGUGGCGUUCCGCAACAAACCGCCUCCUCCACAGUCGGGAAACAAGGGCAACAAUUUGUCCCUCCUGUUGCUAAUAAUGCUAAUGCCAUUGAUGAUCUGCCAACCAUUGAGGACGAUGCAAAUCAGAAUGUUCAAAAUCAGGUUUCGACGACAACCAAAGAUCUCGCUCAUCGAGAAUCGAUCAUAGUUGAACGAAGAACAAGCGCACCGGUGAUACAAAAAGAGCGAGGAAACAAGUCUUCGCUGGGAGCAAAACUUAUGCCGACUGCUAAACCAUUGCAAGGUGGAUUAUGUUCUAUACCUUUGGCAAAUAUAUCCAGUACGGUGCACCAAAAUGAAUCUCGCAUCGUUGUUGUCUCAACGACGACAAAUCUAACUACCACAACUGCUACUACCAGCCUAGCGACUUACGGAGAGCAACCGAUAGCAACAUCCACUAAUGCACUCAAUAAUGCAAUCGUUCCGGCUGCUGCUAGUCAGCUGGUAUCGGUGGGCAGUGAUACACCCAUCAGUCAGGCGGCAUCGGUAGGAAACCGGGACGACAGUACCAUCAGCAAUGUUGUUUCGCCUGGUAACAUCAUAAAGCGUCGCCACAGUACCUACAUUCGCGUGUCGUCCAAUCUGUUCGAUGAACCACCGGAAAAAGCUCAAUUUGCAAUGCUUAAUAAUAAUCUCUUAAUACGAAAUGUUCAGACGAAUGUGGCACCAACUCAAACGAAUGCACCACCUUUGACAGUAUAUUCAUGCUUGCCGGUACUACCACAAGGUCAUCGAGUACAAACCGUGCCUAACCCGGAGGCAACGAUGCCCUCUAAUAGUGGAAUGCAAAAUUGCAACCUUAUCAAUCCAUAUUCUAUCAACGGCAGGGUGCAAACCACCCAACAAGUGAACAUGGCUGCUUCCCAAAGGCCUCCGAAUCCAGUACAAGCUGUUGCCUCCAACAGUACCAACUCCGGAACUGCUGCUGGAGUGAACUAUGCGCAAAGAAUCAACGCCACAUCGACCAACCCUCAGCCACGGUCCUUAUCUUCGGUGGCAAUGCAACAGGCAAGCGUAGUAACAAACGCCAGUGUUACGGGAUUAGUGAACAACAACAGCCAGUUAAAUGCUAGCGUUAAUAGAAAUAGCGCGUAUCAUUCCAGCCACAGCGCCACAACACAACCGGUUCGUCCUUGUUAUAGGUGCAACAUUUGCAAUAUAUACUGUCUGGUAGAAGCUAGCAUAGAUGCCCAUAUGCAACAAGUGCAUUUGAUGGAAAAAAAUGUAUUAAACUGCUCCAAAGUGUACGAUGGUAACAUUGUCCGAAGUUUGAUGGCGCUUUAUCGGCGUAAAUCGAUCGCCGAUCCGUCAAUACUUAGUGGCAAUCGUACGUAA